AUGCUACAACCACGGAUACCCUCCCGUCUCGGGCGUAUCGUUGCCAAUUCGACCCAAAUAUGCUCACAUUGCAGCUCGUCCGCCCUCUACCGACCGCAAACAAUUCUCACUCGCCAUUUCACCUCCGCACCCAUCCUCCGCAAACCUCAAACCACCCCCCAACCUCCCACACCCGCUAAAGAUGAAGAAACCUUCGUUCCUAAACCCCUCGGCCGACCCAUUGGCUUCUCCGCGCCGCCUCAGCCAGGCGAGAACUCCGGCUAUGCAAAGCCCAAGAAAGACUACAGCGGCAUGACGCUGAAAGAGCGCAACCUCGCCAAGCGCGCUGACCUCGUUGAGAAAUGGGGCACAAACUACUUCCGCGACUUCAAAAACAUCCGCAAGUACCGUGAGGGAAAAACCUUCGUCGCAAACCCCAGGAUUUUCAAGAAGGAGGUGGCUAUGUACUUUCCGAAUCUGCGUGGGGAUACGCUGGAGGGCCCUGGGAAGGACACGACGGAUGUGCUCAAGGGGAGGGUGAGCGUGGUGAAUCUCUACAGUAGUGCGUGGGGAGAGGCGCAGGUUAAGACGUUUACCGGGAGGGCGGAGAACCCGGAGUUGCAUGAGAUACUGAAGGAGAAUGACAGCGUUGCGCAGCAGGUGGAUGUUAAUAUUGAGGAGAAUACGUUGAAGGCGUGGAUUGUGCAGAUGUUUGCAUGGAGGCUGAGACUGACGAGGAAGAAGGAGGAUUGGGGAAGGUACUUCGUCGUCAGAAGAGGUGUGAGCCAGAUGGUGAGGGAGAGCGUUGGCGCUCUGAACGGAAGGGUGGGGUAUGUGUAUCUUGUGGAUGCGGACUGUAAGAUCAGGUGGGCAGGGAGCGCGAAUGCGGAAGGGACGGAGAAGGAUGAUCUGGUGAGGGGUCUGAGGAGGUGUGUGGAGGAGGCGAAGAAUCCGCAGGUGUUGGCGAGGCCGAGAGCACAACUGAGAAACGCCGGUGGUGAGAAAAUUGCGGCUGCAGCGUAG